GAUGGAAAAAUGGUUCGGCAUAAAAACAGGUAUAUAUUACUUGAAGUGAAAGAAAUCGGGAGGAGCGAUAGGUCGCAUUUGAAACUAAAAGAACCCUCACUAUACACUGCCAUCUUAAAAAUGGUAGAAAAGUUACACGGAGACUUCGGAGUAGCUGCAAUCAGAGCAGGUUUCGUCGCUAAAUACAUAAACCAACACACCAGAACAGGCAUAAUUCGAUGCAGACGUGGCCCCCACAAACUCAUCUCCAGUUGCAUACCUUUCAUCAAAAUGGUGGAGGAUAAAAUCGUGUCCCUGAAUAUGUUGUAUGUUGGUGCCACUCUGAGACAUUGCUUUGGUUUUCUCAGGAACUACCAGCUGAAGAAGUUCAAUGAGUAUUGUGUGUCUUUGAAUAGUGAAGAAGAGAAGGCUGCCUUGAGAGAGGUGAUGAUGAGUUUUGAGAAGCUAGCAGACAGACUUUGAUCCUGCAGUUAACAGACAUCAAGGAAGCAAUUUUUCUUUGUGUGUGGGGCUAGAUGUGAACAAUGACAUGUGAACCAAUUCAUGAUUGAGAAGGAUUUAUGUGAAUCUUUGAGAAGUUAAUGAAUAAAUUUAUUUAUAUAUUUUUUGCACUUCCUGUA